AUGAGGGAGUUCCAGGAGACGACGCUAUGGAAAUCCAUUCUGGCGAAGACUCCCACCAUGGAUGCUAACCAGCGUGUUUGCAAUGUAAAUGCCAGAGUCGUGUCCAUUGUGGCGAGGAGCUCCAGAGACCUCCCAAAGGGAAGGCUCGUCCACGCAAACGCCGCUCACAAUGGACACGACUCCAACAUUUACAUUGCAAACACGCUGCUCAGCAUGUACGCUAAGUGUGGAGCCAUGGUGGACGCUGCUCGAGUCUUCGCCAAAAUGGAUCGCCACAGCAUCGUCUCCUGGAACUCGCUCAUCCUGGGAUACGCCGAGAACGGCCAAGGCGAGCUCGCGCUGGUUCUCUUUGCAAGCAUGGAACGCAGGACAAGCUUCCACUUUGAUGGUCGGACUUUCGUGGCUGCGCUGAAGGCUUGCACGAGUUUGGCCGUGGAGGAGUCCAAAGCUUCCGGCAGCAAAACGAUGGUGAAGCCUGUUUCACUGGAGAAAUCCAUGGCUGUGCACGCUCUCGCGGCAGCCCGAGGCUUUCAAGAGGAUGUUUUCGUGAAGAACACUUUGGUGGACGCGUAUGCGAAGUGUGGGAGCAUGGCCGACGCUUGGAGAGUUUUUGCCGGUGCUGGGAACCGCGACUUGAUUACCUGGAACGCGCUCGUACAGGGAUUUGCAGACUGUGGAGAAGAACAGCUAGCUUUCGAGUUUCUCUCGAUGAUGGAGGUGGAAGCUCUUCGAGCGGAUGGUUUGAGCUUUACUGCCGGUUUUAAGGCCUGUGCCGGGCUGGCCGAGAAGGAACAAGGCCGGGAGAUCGACGGGACGAUGGUAAAGACCAAGGCUCUCGAGAAAACCAUGGCUUUGCACGUCCAAGCUUCUCGCAAGAACUUAGACUCGCACGACAUCAUGGUGGGGAACGCUCUGGUUGACGCCUAUGCCAAGAGUGGGAGCCUCACGGACGCGAGCAGGGCCUUUGCGAGGAUCCAGAAGCGAGACUUGGUGCUGUGGAACACGCUCCUCGCGGGACACGCGUCAAACGAGCAAGGAGAGGAAACUUUGGAUCUCUUCUUCCAGAUGAUCAUGGAUGAUCACACCGAGCCGGAUGCUCGGAGCUUCGUGGCUGUGCUCAAGGCCAGCGGCACCAUGGUCGCCUUGAGCGCCACCCGGUUGAUCCACUCGGAGAUAUGCCGGCGUGGAGUCGCGGACGAGAACGAGAUCAUCGCGUGCUCGCUGCUGGAUUCAUACGCUCGGUGUGGAAGCAUGCAGAGCGCACUCCAGGUAUUCGAUUCGCUUGCAAAGCCUGACUCGGUGCUGUGGACUGCGUUGCUUUCAGGAUAUAGCCGCGAGGGAAACACCCGGCUCGUGUUUGAGACGUUCUGCGCGUUUCUCGACCAAGGCUUUCGUCCAAACAGUGUGACUUUCGUGUGCCUUCUCACGGCGAGCAGCCACGCCGGCCUGGUCGCCAAAGGCCAGGCGAUCUUCCAAGCGAUGGAGCUAAAGUUUGGGAUCCAGCCAGGGCCGGAGCACUACCUAUGCAUGGUGGAUCUCUUGGGACGCGGUAACAGGCUAGACGAAGCCGUGAAGAUGGUGGAAGCCAUGGAAGAUGCUACAGUCGGGCACUGGAUGACCGUCUUGGGGGCUUGCAAGAAGUGGAAGAACGUAGAGAUGGCAAAGCUCGCUUUCGAAAAGGUCGUGGAGCUGGACGAGAGAGAUCCUGCUGCUUACUCGCUCAUGCUUGCGACUUAUGCGAGCUUGGGGAUGUGGCAGGAGAUGCCGCGAGUUUACGAGAUGAGGAGGAAAGGUGGCGGGCUUGCGAGGCCGGGAUUGAGCUGGUGGACGGACGAGACGGGGGCAGUGCACAAGUUCGUGGCCGGGGACGUGCGGCAUCCACAGAUGGAAGAGAUCCAGCGAAAGUUGGGAGAGCUCGCGGUGAAGAUGAACGAAAAAGGCUACGUUGCGGACUUGGCGAGCGCUGCGAGGAAGAGAGCUUCCGAUGCCGACAAGGAGAGGUCGCUAUGUUGUCACAGUGAGAGGCUGGCGAUCGCGUGUGCGCUCGUGAAUUCCUCCCCCGGGACUACGAUCAGGAUUGCGAAGAACUUGAGAGUUUGCGACGAUUGUCACUCGGCGACGGCGUUUUUUUCCAGGAUUGAGCGGCGGGAGAUCAUUUGUAGGGACUCGAGCAGGUUCCACGCGUUUCGCGAUGGUGCUUGUUCGUGUGGAGACUUCUGGUAA